AUGCGACAUCACGCCCAUCCAUAUCAGAUGUGUAACAGUCUCUGUGCGAAAUCCUCAUUGCAUGAACCGUACUCGCACAUGGGAUAUAAUGGUCUUCAAGGAGGAACCUGCAUUUGCUCUAACAGCCUACCCAAUGAGAGUUAUCUCGUUGAAGACGUUCACUGCCGAAAACAUGAGUGUGCCGAUCACAACGCAGAGCAGUGUGUAGAAAACGAUCCACGGCUGGUUUACUAUUGGGCCGUGCUACCCGAAAACCAACCUAAUCUUGCAGUCUCUCUUGAUAGCUCGACUUCAGUACAACGCAAGAUAUAUAAACGUGGAAUGAACCGUAGAAACCUCUUACGAAGUGUCAUAGCCCGCGAUGUAUCAGACCCACCUGAUCAAGCAGUUGGAGAACCUGAUCAGAUCACUACUGAAUCUGGAGCUUCUAAAUCUUUCGAUCCAUCUCCCAACAGCAUCUUCUCAGGUCAAACUAUCUCACAAACAGCAACAACAGACCCUGUUCCGAUUGUGGCGGUAGCGAUGGCUUGUAUCUCAUUAGGCCUAGGAGUCUUUUGCUUGUUAGUAGCUUUCAACCGACUUAAUCAACUUAGACGUCACCAGAAGGAGCAUCCGGAACCUAUACUUCCUGAAAUCAAUAAUACCCCGGAAUGCACUAACACAUUGACAAGGAAAGAGUCCUUACAAGAAGAGCUUUCGGUAGACAUUCUACCAUCAUCUGCUCAUCCUGCAAAACAACUCCUUAUGCUUUCUCAACAAUAUCGUCAGACCACUCGCGCAGGUUUCUCUCCUAUGACUAGUAUACCUGGACGUGGUACUUUGAAGGAUGGAGUUAGAACAGGAAAAGCUUCAUAUGUAACUCAACAUGGCGAAUUUCCUCAUGAGAUGAAUGCAAAUGAGUUUAUAGAAAGUCAAUAUUCACCACAUGAUUUUAAAGAUGUUCCAUCAACGAAAAAACCAUUUGAGGUUGAAGCUGAUCAUUUGAAGCCUUUGAAAAACCGUCGAAUUCUGGACAUCCAAGCCUCUCACGGCUAUCUCAAUCAAACUGGAACCAAUGACUAUUUCGGCUCAAAUGCAAUUCAAGAACGCCAUUACCCUUCCAAGGUUGACUUACUAUCAUCACCAACCAAUUCUAACGUCGUUUCCAAAUCGCCCGAGUUCAUGAAUGCUAGAAACGUAUGUGGUACUGGUCCGGUUGUUAGUCCAGAGAAAUUGGCACGCGAAUCUUAUCCUCAUCCGAACAUCGUAGCUUCUGGUACAAAGGGAUCAUCAAUUACUCCGAUCACGAGAAACUCUUGGAUGAUGAAACAUCCUCAAUCUUUGAAAUUGAAAGAAUCUAUAACCAACUGCUCACUAAGCUCAUCAAGUGAACCUCAACCUGUUAGAAAGUUAAAGGUAUCUUUUGGUGUGGGUUUAGAAACUGAUCGACUUGAUGUGACAGCUGAAGUGCCAGAUGGAGUUGAGAAAUCGCCUCUGAUGACCGAUUAUUUUAACCUUGGAUCUAGUCUUAGUCGAAAUCAAUCUUGCGUUUCUAAACCUGAUAUCUUAGAUUCAGGAAUAUCGGGAACUGCCCGUGGGAAUCGACUUACUUUAGAUCUUGAUGAAUACAAACGCUUUUCCUCGAGUAGCCGACUUGCAACACUCGAUUCACCAACAGUAACAAGUCAUCAUACAAGAAGUGAUUCGAACUCUAACAUCUUACCGUUCCCUUCAAGAGAGACACUCCAGUCUAAUGAAAAACAUUUCUUGAAUCAAAGUACUCCAUACCCCUCUCUUGGUUUACCAAAGUUAUCUGAGAAUGACACAAACUCUACCCAGUAUCCUCCAGUGAAAUCUACACCGAAGAUGAAUGGAUUGUUAAACUUUGGAAAUAUGCUCAGUAACUUCACUCAUUCCCCAUCCUCAAAAUCAAAGAUUGAAACUGAAACCAACUCUGAAGAAGAUUUCAAACGAACUUCAACUUGUGUUCAUCCAAAGUUAAAUUGGUCUAGACGAAGAAAGAUUAUAAGUGGAAAUUGGAAGCGACUUAAUUCGAUGACGACUCCAACCAGAAGUCCAUUGACUAGUUCGAUCUCUUCUGAUGCUCUUAGUCAAGGGUAUUUAAAGAAAGGUCAUCAAGCACAUUCGGAUCUUAACCAUUCCUUGAAGGCUUAUGCUGAUUCAUCAUAUGAGGUUAAACAAGAAAGAUUACGAAACCGUCACAAGUAUUCUAAAUCAGUACCUGAUAUGAGUUUUUUAAGUCAAUUACACUCGGAUGAUGACAACGAUCAUGAACCUAAACAACUUAAUAUCAUGAAUCCAGAUCAACCAUCUUUAAGUGACACGCCUAGUUCUUUUAGUCCUUGUGAACUCCAAGAAGGAAGAAAAACCAAUUCUCUCACAAGCGUACCAUUUCAUCAUCAAUUUCCAGGAAACCAUCGAAAUUCAGAAGAUUAUUCUACUCUAAGUUCAUCUUCUGGUAAUACCGCGAUUAAGAAAACGGAUUCUAUUCAAGUGACAUCGAUGAAUUUAAAUCGAUUUUUAAAUCAUUUAGGUUAUGAAGAAUUUAAAACUCAACUUGGAAUCAUCGAUUCUAAGGGGUAUUCAUCAGGUGGUUAUUGUAGAAAAUCAGAUCCGAUUCUUUAUGGUAAAUGGUCAGAAGCCAUGGAACUUUAUCGACAAAAACAUUUGAUUAGUUCAAAAUCAUGUGGAAAUUUAUUAUCUAAAUCUUUAUUUCAAACUUGUGAGAAAGAUAUCAAGCCAACCUUAGAAAUUCAAACUCCAUUCUUUAAAAAUCAAACUUUAAAUAGUGGUGAAGAUCAAGGUAGUGAUCCUAAGAAUCAAGCUUUUCGACAUCCGAUUUAUAACCUUCCAAUGUUAUCUCGACCUGAUCAUUCUAAACCGAUUGAUAAACGUGAAAACCCAAUAAAUUCGAUGAACCACACCAAUCCAAUUCUUUCUGACCAAACCUCAUCCCAAGAAAGUUACCGCUCAGCCCAACCAGGAACAACCAAUUCAAGUUCCCAAAUCCAUACAACAAACCCAAGCACCCCAAUCUUUUCAAGUAAACCGAAUCAAAGACCACCUCAUCAUCAACACCAUCAUCAAGAAGAAGAUGAAUCGAUUCCAUUUUUUUCUAGACCAAGAUCAAGUACCUCGAUUUUGAAAUUAACCGAUCGUCAUUUAAGUUUAGGAGGCAUCUCGUGUCAUUCUUCGGAAGAUUUAUCGAGUUUCUGUACCGGUGCUGCUUCUUUAAAUUCUGAACCUCAAUGGAAAUCUAGGUUGAACUCUGUGGGUUCGUUUGCUACUAAUCAAUCUUUUGAAGGUCAACAAAAACUUUGGGUGGCUAAUCCUGAUCGAUUUUAUUCUCCAAGUCUUGAAUCUAUCUUUCAUUCACCUUCAAGAUUAAGUCUUUCUCCUGUUCCUGGUCUUCCUUCAGCUUCAGUGAAUUCUUAA